AUGAGUAAGAAUGCGCAAUACGUUUACGUCUGGGCUGUCUAUGAUCGACAAGCUCGCAAGCAACCGGGAGAAGGAAAUGGAUUUGACGAGAGAUACCCAGAAAUUGUUCAGGUUCUAAGGCUCAGUCACGUCUGCAGGCAGAUGCGCCCUCUCAACAAAACACAAUUCAAGAAACAUUCCCCCAACGUCGAGCAUCGCUCUCAGAAGCACGUCGGUAUCGAGAUCCAGUGGAGUACCAUCUGGCGCAACGUCCUGAGGACAUUUGAAGAGUACGUUGCACCGGAAGAGCAGGAGGAUUUCUCCUUUGAUGACCCAGUCCAUCGUUUGCGGAUCAUAGGCGAAGAAGAGUCCCAGAUGUUUGGGGAUCUGUGCGUCGAAACACGGGACGAGGCAUCGCUCACUUGGUGGGAUGAUGAUCAGGAGAAGAUACUGGAAGCCGCGCAUGCCCCAGUAUUCGCCAAACUGGGGAUGUGUCCACUUUCAGAAGAGAUAGGGGUCGCCCGUGUGUGGACGCUGUUCUGGCCGAUGUUGGAGCUGGUCCAGGCACCUCUUGAGGCGUACUUUGAGAGCAAGUAG